UCACUGACAGAGGGGAAACAGGCAGAUGUACAGAGGAGCCGUGCACAUGUAACAGCUCGAGCAUCAUGAGGUGAAUCUCAGAUCACGUUGUGCAGAGAGAACACAGGGUGAUUUUAUGCUGCACUACGUCCACAGACGACUGGUUUCUCUUGACGUCAGGAGAAAGUCUGAGCGCUGCGCACAAGCUCAGCAUCCACAUCGCUCCCACAGGGAAGGAGACGCGCAUCGCAGCUGCAGAUCGCCAUUUAGCUGUAGUGUGGCGAAUCCGAUCAGCGUUGUAGGAUGCCUCUUGGAGAGGAUGGAAAUGGAUGGAAGAAGAAGACAUCAGACAUCAAAGAACACUAUGACUUCAAAGAAGUACUGGGAACCGGAGCUUUCUCCGAGGUGGUUCUAGCAGAGGAGAAGAGGACCCAGCGGCUGGUGGCCAUCAAGUGCAUCCCCAAGAAAGCACUGGAGGGCAAAGAGAACAACAUCGAGAAUGAGAUCGCAGUACUACACAGAAUCAAGCACCCCAACAUCGUGACGCUGGAGGACAUCUUUGAAAGUACAUCUCACCUAUAUCUUGUCAUGCAGCUGGUCUCCGGAGGCGAGCUGUUCGACAGGAUCGUGGAGAAAGGGUUCUACACUGAGAGAGAUGCCAGCCAGCUCAUCCACCAGAUCUUAGAUGCCGUCAAAUAUCUCCAUGAUAUGGGAAUCGUCCACAGAGACUUGAAGCCAGAGAACCUGCUCUAUUACAGCAUGGACGAGGACUCCAAGAUUAUGAUCAGCGACUUCGGCCUGUCAAAGAUCGAGGGAGCGGGCAGCGUCAUGUCCACAGCCUGCGGCACUCCUGGAUAUGUGGCUCCAGAGGUGCUCGCUCAGAAGCCGUACAGCAAAGCAGUGGAUUGCUGGUCCAUAGGAGUUAUUUCUUACAUCCUAUUAUGUGGAUAUCCUCCGUUUUACGAUGAAAAUGACGCAAAGCUAUUUGAGCAGAUUCUGAAAGCAGAGUAUGAGUUUGAUUCUCCGUACUGGGACGACAUCUCAGAUUCAGCCAAAGACUUCAUCUGUCACUUGAUGGAGAAGGACUCUUUGAAGAGAUAUACAUGCGACCAGGCGCUCCAACAUCCAUGGAUCUGUGGAGACACAGCUCUGGACAAGAAUAUCCACGAAUCUGUCAGCGCUCAGAUCAAGAAGAACUUUGCUAAGAGCAAAUGGAAGCAAGCGUUCAAUGCCACAGCGGUGGUGCGCCACAUGCGGAAGUUGCAGCUGGGCACAAGUCUUGAGGGGCCCAGUCAGAUUACUCCCACCAGUCCCUGCCAUGGACAUCUGCUCCCAGAGGAAGAGGAGGAGGAGGAGGAGGAGGAUUUGGGGAAUGGAGAAGAGGAGAGCUUGUCCCACUACGAGGACGGCCGUCGUGGAAGCAACGAGGGCAGCACAGAUCGGGACAGCCUGAGGAGCUGCACCUACUGCUGCAGGCCAGCCAGUCGCGUUUGAGCACAACCUCAUCGUCGCGCUGACAUCGUAAUCCCCGGAGCGCCCAGAGCCCGCCCGCCCAGUCUGGCCAGGAAUGCAGAGUAGUUAUCAGGCUGUGUCCGAACCCGAGUACGGCCACAGCGAGCAGGUCUCUGUUAUGAUGAGAAGAAACGCACUGUAAGUCUUUGUCCAAAAAACAAACACGUCCUGACUCAAGAUACACCCAUGUUAAAAUACUGAUGUUGAAAAGUUCGCAAGGCUUCUGCAAAUGGACAGAGUUAGAUUUAAAAAAAAAAAGGGCCUGUCUGCAUGAUCCUAAAAUAACCCCCCCCCUUCCAUAGCAACCUAACAUGUAGUUGUCCUUUGUGCAGCCAGAGCAGACAGUGGUCACUCGGGCAACGUGCACAUCACAACAAGUCGCUCUGGAUGUUACCUUCAGGAAGCAUCAAAACCUCUGGAGUCUUAAUCAAAGAUGAGGCAGUGGCCCAAAGGCAGUCAUCUCCAUUAUUUCUGUCCUGGCAUUAUCUGUCACAUCUACCUCCGAUCACAAUUACUGCACAUCUGCAUCCAUCCGGCCCACACCCACCCACCCACCCACCCACCCACACACACACACACACACACACACACACACACACACACACACACACACACACACCAUGUCACACUACUGUCAGCUCUCCAAAUAUCUGGCCAGACAGGGCUCAAAGAAGAGGGGAACACUUUAAAAAAGGGAAAGAGUGCUGAAAGCUACUCCUGCAUGUCUUUAUUCACUUUACCCGUCAAUGUGACUCAGUCCAGCCACUCACCCAGUCCAGCUGUUCAGUAAAAUAGGUCUCACGGCAUGUCGUCACUGCCACUUCUACCUGCCCAUUACUUCUUUUUGAUCGCUUUUCUUUUUCUCAUAUCGUCAUGAUUAAGUGUUUCAGUAUUUGCUCCCUUUGUUUUAAACCCGUUUUGGAAAAGGAGAUACUGGAAGGUUGGGGAGGUAAACGUGCGUCUCAGUGGUGUGGACUCUAUAUUCUGGCUCAGACUGGGUUUGUGAAGACUGACCUGGAGUGUGUGCAUGCUUCUGUCGGGGUGGGGGGGGAACUUCCAAAAGGAGACUUUUUUUUGUUUUGUUUUAUGGCUGUUUCGUUACCAGAGGCUCAAACUGAGAUCCCUGUUGGUUGGUGAAAAGACGAGAAUCUAACCUUCCUCUCCGGACAAAGGAGAGUAACUGUGAAGACGCAGAGAAUCCACCGUGCGUGGGGAAGAACACAGAUCAUGUUCACGUCUCGCUCAUCCUCCCUGUUCUGACACUGACGAGUGGGGAACUAUCCAGCCGGCCGUCGGUCUGUGGUUCUGGCUGGGGCCCGUCUCGCGCUGAGUCAGAGGGAUCUCAGUCUGGGAGCUCCGCCUGCUCUGUGCUGUGCACCUCUAGUGGAAGAAGUUUUGGUCUAAUGUUUGCAUGACCUGGUUUAAUAUGUUUACAUGAAUGAUGAUCAAUAAGUAUAAACACACAUGAUUAUUAUUAUUGUUGUAUUGAGAAAAAAAAAAGAUGUAAUACUGUAAUAUUGAGCUAUAUAAUGUGAAGUGAGUAACACCAGAAGUAACGUUGUUGACUAAGUACAACACAGCACAGUGGACUUAUCAUUUGCAUUGACUGUGACGGUCAAGCCUCUACCUGAGUGACAUGUCUCCUGUACUAUGUUCAUUUUUAACUCAGAUAUUUCUUUCUACCUUUUGCCAUUUGCUUUUGUAGUAUCUCUCAAAUCACACAUAUCCUGAUUUAAAACAUGUGCCAGCCACAGUACAAAACAUGAAAAAUACUAAUAAUUAUAAUGAUGGUGCUGGAAACGUCACCUGUCCAUCUGAGUAAAAGGACGACAGUACUAAAGCCAUACAGGGAAGUGGGAAUGUUUUACUGUAGACUCCUCUUCUAAAUAAAUCAGAUGGAGAAAUCUGAAAGAGAUAAAACAUAAAAAAAAGGACGAGACAACAAACUCAAAUUAGUUCAAUCCUUAUAUCAAUCACAUCGUACCAUUAUUGAUUUUACGGUAUGCCAUGACAUAAUACUGUAUUAUUAGAGAACCAGUCCAUGACGUUUUGUUGACGACAUUAAAACCAAUUCCCCCAAAUCGGUCAUUGACACGUGUAGGUCCAUAGUAGAGUAAAAGAGGGAAAUCACGACUGUAAUUGUGGAAAAUAUGCAAACUGUGUGUGAAGGGCUUCAUGUUAACUGUUAGCUAGCCAAUAUUGACGACUUUGAUAACUUGGCUAUGGUUCAUUUGUUUGGUAACGACCUUGUGUUGAAUCUUAGAUGGGAUUUGUUUCCACCUGGCUGUUUUUUUAAUGCUUAUUUUACCCAUAAAAAACACAUCUAAAUGCAUAAAGAAACACAUGUAUAUUAUAUAUAUAAAUAUAAGUAUAUAUUGUAUAUCCUUUUUUGUAAAAGCUGUUUUGAGCUACAAAUGUAUGGAUGCAAUGCAUCAUGGGUUAUUGAACAAGAUGUACGAAAAUACAAUGAUUUGUACCCACGGAGAUAUGAUUGCAGGAAAUGAAAUAAAACUUCCUUGUCUAUG